AUGAAGCUCAGCCAAUCUUUCCUCUCACUGGCGCUCCUCGUGGCCGCGUCGUCGUCCAGCUUGGUCUGGUCGCGAGUGCUCCCCGUCGAAUCCGCGCCCUACGCACGCGACGGCGCCGGCCUGCCCGCGCUCGAGCCACGCUCCAGCGCCUAUCUCUCGGCGGCCGAGAGCACGCUUCACAAACGAGUCAGUCGCCACAUCCGACCCGAUGGUCCGCACCCGCUCGUCCGUCGUCAAGCGGCAGUGGACAACGGCGGGAUCACCAACUUCAACGGCUCGGCUCCGCAGCCCGUGCGCGGGAGCAAAGGUGCGCCAUUCCUGCACGAGUCCAACAGACCAAUCGAUGAGCAGAACGUCGACUACCUCUCGCCGCCGCCGACGGAUGCGGGCAACAUCCCGAACCUGAAAUGGACGUUUUCGCUCUCGCACUCGCGGCUGCUGAGCGGCGGGUGGGUGCGCGAGCAGACGGUCACGGAUCUGCCCUCGUCGACGGGUGUGGCCGCGGCCGAGCAGAGGCUCGCGCCGUAUGCGUAUCGCGAGCUGCACUGGCACCGUGUCGCCGAGUGGGGGCUGGUGCUGAACGGCACGGUGCGCGUCACGGCGAAUGACGAGGACAAUCGCAACUACGUCGGGGAUGCAAAUGUGGGAGAUCUGUGGUCCUUCCCCACGGGUGUCCCGCACACGCUGCAGGCAGGGCCCGAAGGCGCAGAGUACCUGCUCGUGUUUGACGACGGCAACUUUGACGCGAGCGGAACCACGUUUAUGCUCGACGACUGGAUCGCCCACACACCGCGUGAUGUUCUUGCGGAAAACUUCGGCUGGGAUCCCUCGGCGUUCUCGUCGGUUCCCACACCGGAUCCGUACAUCGUCGCUGCAGCCAAGAACGAGACCUGGCUCUCGCUCGAGGAAGCGCGCAAGGCUGUGUCUGCCAACCCGGGCGGCGAGGUCGACUCGCCAUAUGUGUACGCGCUUUCACAGCAGAACGCCACCAACGCCCCCGGCGGUGGAGGCUGGUUCAAGAUCACCGACUACAAGCAGUUCCCCGAGAGCCCAACGCUCGCCAGUGCCUACGUGCACGUCGAAAAGGGCGGCCUGCGAGAACUCCACUGGCACAAGAACGCAGAGUGGGGCUACAUCGUCAAAGGCAAAGCCAGAGCCACCGCUUUCGCCGGCGGCGCCACCGCGAGAACGUUUGAACUCCAGGCUGGAGACAGCUGGGUCUUCCCCACAAACUACGGACACUACAUCCAGAACAUCGGCGACGGACCGCUCGAGUUUGUCGAGAUCUUCCGAGGCGCCAACUUUGGCGACAAGGUCAGGUUUGACGAUUUCAGCCUGACCCAGUGGCUCGCUCUGCUGCCCGCCAGUGUGGCGGCAAAGCAGCUCAAUGUUUCGCAGAGCUUGGUCGAGCAGCUCAAGCGCGAGAAGCAGGUCGUGGUUGCCGCUAGACCGUAA